UUCACAGGAAGCUGGACCAGCAAUGGCUCUGCUGAAGGUUCUGGUGCUGCUGGGGCUGGGUGUUUCAGUGAACUCAGAUGUUUCUCUACAGAAGAGAAUCAUUGGAGGUCAUGACUGUGUUGACACGGAGCGUCUUUAUCAUGUUCGGCUGGAGAUCACCGCCGGGCAGAGAAAGACCAUAUGUGGAGGAUCUCUGAUCCACCCUAAGUGGAUCCUGACUGCAGCUCACUGCUCCGAGUCAGUGAGGAGGCUUGAAGUAGUAGUUGUCAAAGUUCAUCCACGGACUGGUGAAGAGCAGCAUCACAUAGUCACACACAAUCCUGUGCUGUAUACUGAGGAUGGCCGGGAGCAUGGACUCAUGUUGCUGAGGCUUCAGACACCAGUAACAAAUGUCCCACUUGCUCUGCUACCAGACUGCAGUUAUCAUCUUAAAAUUGGUGACACUGUUCAGCUGGCAGGAGAGGGAGCAACGACAACUGGCCCCAAUAAUCGGCGAUUAAAAAAUCCUACUAUUCCAACACAUCUUCAGUGUGUCGACAUGAAAGUUGUUCAGGUUUCCCAUCUCCGGAUGAAAUAUGGGCAUGUAUUCUCUGCUUCAGCACAGAACAAGGAUGCAUGUUAUGGCGAAACAGGUGGAGCAGCGGUGCUAAACGGCAUGAUUUAUGGUGUGAUACUUAAAGCUGGAACACCCUUUGCAUGUGAAAUACCAGUUUACAUAAAUGAUGUGUGUGAAUACAUUGGAUGGAUACAAACAACUGCUGGGCUUAAAUAAAACAUCAUCUAUCAUGAAAUAUAUUUAUCAUCAAAUUUUUUCUCAUAUAUGAUUUUAUAGUUGUAUCUUGAUCUGUUUGUCCAACAUGUUUGUAGAAAUAGGAUAAAACAAUAAUUUUGUUUUUUCUCACCUGACUUUGUUCUCUCUAAUGAAACUUUAUCUGCCUCAAAAGUGAAAAAUAAAUCAAUAAAUACA